GCUUUCGUUCCCGCAACGCGCAACAAGUACGCGACGGCAACGCGCUUCUCUUAAGAGCAACCAUCUACAGAAGUGCCAUAUAAACAUCAAUAAAUUUACAUAUUAUACACAUAUCGAUCAAAAUGUCAACACCUGUCGGCCCGGAGCCCAGCAAUGUGGUCUGCCCCAACUGCCAUCAACAGGUGACCACGCGCACCGAGCCAAAGGCCAGCACAAAGACGCACUUGAUAGCGCUAAUCAUGUGCCUCACCUGCUGCUGGCCCUGCGCCUGCUGCUUGUACUGCACGGAUUGUGCGCGCAACAUGGAUCACUUCUGCCCCUCGUGCAGCGCCUAUGUCGGCACCUAUGAGCGCUGAAGAGUCCUGACAGCCUUUUGACUCCUUAAAGUACACCUGACAUUUACAGCUAGAUGCACAGCUAGUUAACUUCAAAACAAAGCACAGCCUUAUUGCAUUUCCUCUAUUCACAUACAGUCGAGCUACGCUUUAACGAAUGUUGUUAUUGAGCACAGUUUUUAAUAAACAUUUUUAAUAUUUAAUGUAU